GAGCCGACCGAUUGCAUCACGCGCUUCAACUCUGAUUUUAGCGAUUUUAGUGAUUAAAGUUUAAAUAAUAAUUUGUGAAAUUUUCGCGAAAAUAAACUGAAACUGUGUUCUCGAUAGUAGUUUAGUGCCCUCAAACAGCUCAGCAUGUUGAGCGUUCUCCGUCUGUGUCCCGCGGGGCGAUUUUCGAUCGCAAACGCAGUGCAACUUUUUCACCGUACCCCGGCAGCAUCCACAACGAGGCUGGUGCAACAGUGUUCCACAGAAUCGUCACCAACGCAAGAAGAAAGAGUUCAAACCGGGACCCAAACUCCGGCGGCACCGAACACUGAUGGAAGUUGGAAUCCUAUCUUUCAUUUUCCGGGAAUCGUACUCACAGCGUCGGUAAAACGACUUAAAAUGUAUCCUGUUGGGGUCACUGGUGCCACCGUGCCCAUCUGCUUGGGGUUGGCUUACGCAGACAUCUUCAGUGUCACGACGGCGCAGAUUUGCGGGUCCAUUGGACUCACCACCACCCUCACGCUGCUUUUAUUCAGUUACUUGACCAACAAUCUGGUCGGUUACGUUUACACCGAUGAAGAGUGCAAACGGGUGAAGAUUUCCUACGUGGACUUCAACGGGAAACGACAGGAUCGAAUACAUUCGAUCGAUGACAUAGUGCCCAGGUCGGAACUGGGCCGUUCAUUGUUGAAGUUCUACUUUCCUAUCAAAAAUCACGACAAUGGCGACGUCUAUAGGAUCGUACACAAAUACGGCGAAGUCUACAACGAGCAAGCUUUCCAGAAAGUUUUCGGUAGAGAUUAGGCAUGAUUGUAAGUAUAGUAUUGAUCCCUGUUUAAUUUAACUUUUUAUUUUGGAAGCCCA